UCGAGGUCGACUGCGGCCGCGGCGGCAAUGGUGGCGCGGAAGUCGCUCCUAGAAAGUCACCGUACCAGCUUCGGUAGCCGCGUGCUUUACUUCAUCAACGUCCGUCAUCUCGUCGGUACACGCGAUCCGAAAUGUCGAGUUCGAUGAUCCGCUGUGGCAACGGAAACUGUUACAACAACAGCAACGUCCUGUACGCAUCCGCCCGCUGCGUCUUCCUACUCAUAUUCCUGCUCUUCUUCUUCUGCUCGGGCUUCGUCCUCAGACUCGCCGUCGAGGUCUUUGUAUUCAAGUGCCGCACGCUCCACGUCUGUUGACAUGUCGCGCGGCACAUUCACCUUCAUCUCUGGGACUUGCUACUGCUGUCGCUGUACCAAACGACAACUCGAGACCGGCUCUUCUAUAGAUGAAUUCGAAGCCAUGGGAGAUAGGGAAUUUACUAUGGAUUUUAUUUGUCGCGGCGAUCCUCGGACAUGGAUUCUGUGACUCAGCGAUGCAACAACGAAUUGACGGUAAAAGGAAGUACCUUGAAGUCGACGACCUCAGGGGCUUCGAUAGACAAGCACGCUUCACCAGCGAGGACGAGAAGGAGGAGGAGACGGCGGACGUCCUUGCAGAUUCAUCCAAAGCUGAACUGCCAAGGAAGAUCGAAAGGAGAAGUGCACGUGUCGAUAGUAACUUGAAUGGUUUGCAGCAUUCGCAAGAACGCCCAAGAGAACCCAGACAGAAAAUGAAAAAGCCAAAACCAGGUUUCUUUUGGACUCUCGCUAGGGUCACCUUCGAGACUUUCAACGACACACGCUCGGCAAUCCAGCAGAUCAACCAAAUUAUAAACGAGAGCAUUCCAAACGAGUCAACUCCGGCGAAGCAGGGUUUGGCGAGUCUUAAGAUGAAAACGAUGGUCGCUCCAGGAAAUAGGACAGAAAGCGACACUGAGACAAUGACAGAAGAACCAGAGUUCAAGCUAACUCGACCGCUGCUGCUGAGUCUCGUUAGGAGGAACGUCAAUGGCCUCGUCCGACUAUUCAAUAUCGAAUGGCGUGACGCUAUUAAUCAAUCACAGAAGAAUGUGCAAGAAUUUCAGCGUGAUCUUGGCAAACAAGUGGGUAUGUAUCUCCAGGAUAAUCCAAACAAUUACUGACAAUGAGUCGAACUUCUCUUCGUAUGUCAGUGGAAAGUUAUCAGAUUCGCAGUGCGAUGAAAAUAUUCAUAUCUUCGUAUGUUGCCAAAGACUCUAGAAGUGAAUCUCACAAAAUUCAUUCUUGAAUUUUGCAUUACAAAACUUCUCGUUCUUUUAUCAUAAUGCAUUUAUUAAUGUUAGAGUAUUGUUGUUAGUAAUGUUCGAAGUUCACAGUGUUCGUAAACUAUGAUAAUAUUUUUUUACUUAUAUAGCUUUAAAUAUAAACAUAUACAUUACUUUAUUAUUAACAUUAAUUAUUAACAUGAUAUCAUAAAUCUGUAAAUAUACAACAUACAAGGUAUUUGAAUU